AUGGACAUAAAGACCUUGCUCGACAAUCUUCAUGAUGAAGUAUCCUGUUCCGUGUGUAUGUGUACAUUCACUGAUCCAAAGCAGUUGCCUUGUUUGCACAAUUUCUGUCUUCACUGCCUGAACGAAAUUCAACGAACAAGCGGCGUCCAUGGCAAAAUUACAUGCCCCGAGUGCAGAAGACAGUUUCAGAUUUCUGGAAGUGGAAAUCCCAGCGAACUUCCCACCAAUUUUCGAAUAAACAGGCUGCUAGAUGUCUUGGCAAUAAAAGAGUGUAGUACAGCUAACGUGAAGUGUGGAAACUGCGAUAAAAGGAGUUCUCAGACUUCCUAUUGCUUCCAGUGUUGUUCUUUCUGGUGCGAGAAAUGCAUUUUAGGACAUGACAUAAUGCGCGCUAACAAUAAACACAGAACGCUAGCACUGAAAGAUUUUCAAGAUCAAGACAUCAAGGCUGUAUUAGAGCGACCAGGAUUUUGUCAGAAGAAACACCAUGAAAAAGAAGAGCUGAAAUUCUUUUGCAAAGGCUGUAAAGUCGCCAUUUGUAGCUCUUGUGCUGUAACACUUCAUGAAGGUCAUGGUAAGAUGCCUUUGCAAGAAGCUUCUGAUGAGCGCAAAACACAGAUUAGCUCCAUGAUAAAAUCUUUUAAAGACAAAGUACUGGAAAACAAAAGGAAGUCGAACAAUUCAACCAAAAAAGCAUCGCAUUUCAAUCGAAAGUAG